AUGCAGGACGGUGUCUCCUUGUAUAAAAACUUUAUCCUGACACAUUUCUACCUGGAAUCUGAUCAAAAACGUAGAAAACCAGCCGCCGCCCUCGCCCGCUGACCUCUCAACGUAUCCACUUUCCUCUUAACGUCCUGCCCCAGAGUCCCGGAGACAGCCAAGAUGGACGGUUCAAACCAGGCAGACUCCGGUUUCAAGGAAGUCCUCAGUUGUGGAGCUGGUUGCCAAGGACUCCGGGCUCCAUAGCGACAGCAGGAGAUCAGUGUGACACCAUCAGCGAGCAGCGGGUCGACGACAUCCAGCCGUCAGAGCUGAGAUGUUUUCUGACAAACAAGGUGUCCAGUCCAGAUUUGGUCCAUCACACAGGAUCUUGGAGCUGGCUCAGCACAAAACCUCAAAAACAGUUUGGGCUACGACUCCUUGUGAGAAGCUGAGCUGGGGCAACCAGGAGCCGAUAUGGCCUCUCUCCGCCUCGACGCUCGGAGCCGGUCCAAGCGCAAGAAUCCAAUACCUGGCCAAGCACAAAGGAGACUUCUCAGCAAGGGAGGACCACCGGAGGAAGAAGGAGGAGGAGGAGGCGAGCUUCUUCAGGAAGACCCGGCGUCCUUCCUCCAAGACGUCCCAGUACGAAAACAUCAUCCGUCUGUCGACACCCAAAACCAGGAGCUGCAGCUCCCAGGAAGUACGGCCUCCUCACACUCCUCAGUGUGAGAACAACUGUCCGAUCUGGCACAUCGACCCCAGAGUGAAAGCUGCUGUGAUCACACCUCGACUGCUGCAGCUCUCCAACCCCAAACUGAACCAUCCAGACUUCAGGAGCGACAGACAGAGCGUCGCCUCCAUCGUGUCCUUUGCGUCCAGAAGAGCUCGACUCUCUCAGCGACUGGUCCAGCUGUCUCUGCCCAGACUGAAGGAGAGCAACAUCUGCUACGAGCUCGGACGUCCGGAGGAAUCAAUCUGGACUAUUUCAAGUGCAGCGAGGAAAGCCGUGGCAACUACUCGAGUUGAAACGCUGGCGACACCGAAGCAGCUUUCCGAGGACUACAUCCCUCCACGAGAACCAGAGUGGAGCCGGAAAACCUGAGCUACCCUCGGCAUCACUACAAAAUCAGUGCUGGUGUGUGUUCAGGGGAAUAUUUAACAGGAAACAUACACUGUUAAAUAGAUUUUUCUGUUUUCAUUAUGUUACUGUAAAAUUAACGGUUUCUUGCUGUUGCUGAAAUUUACAGUUUGCUACUGUUUUUGUGAAAGCUGCAAAAAUCUCUUAUUUUUCUACCUAAACAGUGAAAUGAAUAGAUUGUAGUUUAUUAUUGUUUAUUUGUGGAUGUUUACUCUGAACUGCAUCAACUAAUUAACUGCUACUAAAAAGGACAACAGAGAUAUUUUUCUAAACCUUGUGAUUUGAUCAUUUCCUCCUGGGCAGUCUUGCUAUAAAACACCAUGUUUUAAUGCACUGAAUAAACACGGACUUUUUUUUUAUAUUAAUUUUAAGACAAAUAAUACAGGUUCAAAUGUCUAUGUUAUUGAUUUAAGAACAACCUGAAGAACAUUUAAGAUAAAUAAACAAUACAGUCUGAACAACA